GGACCCGCAUUGUAUUCGCGGGUUUUGAUUUAUGUACAUACUGUACAUAGGAGGGCGUGUUUUGUUGUCUGUCGGCCGUGGGCUCAGCGUGUGACACAGUGGGUGGACCAUGAGUUCUGGGCGCAGCGCGGGACGCAGCCGCGCCGGCAGGGCCGAGCGGGCCGCCGGCAAGGCAGACACAGCGGCGCCGGCCGGCGGCGGCGGCGGCGGCGGCGGCGGCGGCUCGCAGAGUCAGCCGGAGAAGCCGGCCACCAAACCUCACACCCACCACAGCAAACUGAAAGAAGAUAAGGUAUAUGAAGACAAAAUCAGUCAGGUUGUACAGCUCACAGGCAAAACCAAAGACGAGGCAGAGAUCGCGCUGUACGACUGUGAUUAUGACCCCACCCGGGCCAUCAACAUGCUGCUAGAAGGUGACGACCAGGGUGAAUGGGUGGAGAAGACGAAGAAGAAGAAGCCUCCGAAGCCGACGCCGCCGGAGUCGCGCUCCGCGGAGAACCACCGGCCGCAGGAGGACGAGCGGGCAGAGCGGGACCGGUCGCGGGCCGGCCGCGGCGGCCAGCCCCCGAGACUGCGGCGCGGCGGCGGCCAGGACCGCAGCUGGAAGGCGAGGGAGACACGGGAAAACGAGAAGAACGCGGCCGGCGGCGGCGGCGACGGCGAGCGGCCGCGGUGGGGUCGGGGCGGCGCGCGAGGCGGCCGCGGCGGCCGGCGCGGACUCGGGGCGCGCAGCUUCCAGGGCCGGCCGCGCGGCGACGACUUCGCCUCGAUCGACACGUGGACGAACCCGGGCGGCGACGCCGGCGGCAGCUGGGACCAGACGUUCCCGCCGGCCGACGACUGGGACAACGAGGAGUGGGCCGGCUCACUGUCCGACACCAAGGUGUUCACGCCCAGCGCGCCCGCGCAGCCGGCCGCCGCGCCGGCGCCCGACGCCUCGCCGCCGGCCGCGCUGGCCGAGCCGCCGGCCGCCUCCACCCUGGGGCCCAGUCUGGACUUGAGCGCGCUGCUCGGCAAACCGGCCGCCGGCAGCGGCACCAACGGCGCCGGCGCGUACUCGCAGUUCGGCUCGGCGCCGCCAGAGGGGGACACGGCGGCGGCCAGCUCUGCGCCGAGCGCGUCCGCGGGCGGCACGUACAGCUACAGCAGCGCCACGUCGCGGUCCGCGCCGGCGCCUGCCGCGCCCGCCUACCCGUCCGGCUACACCAACCCGCCAGGUCUGAUCUACUCGUCGUCCAACUACGUGUCGGAGAGCUACCAGAGCCCGCUCAAGUCGUCGGCCCCGGCGGCGGCGGCGUCCUCCGCGCCGGCUGCGACGACCGUUAGCCAGGCCCCGUCAAUACCUCAGCCUAGAACCAGGGUACAAAGGCCACCGCCAAAGAUACCCGAGUCUGCCGUGGAGAUGCCCGAAGAGCUGGUAUCCUCGCUGGAGGUGAAGUUCGGAGGGCUGGGCUUUGGGCUGGCCGACACCAAGUCCUCGUUUACGGCCGCCUCCGAGAGCGACGCGGACGGCUUCUCGUCCAGCGGCGCGCCGCCGGCGGCCGAGCAGCAGACGAUGGCGCCGCUCUCUGCGCCCAGCCAGCCGGCAAAGAGCCCGCUGGAGGCGCCGGCCGGCUACUCGGCGCCCAGCAGCGCGGCGGCGGCCGACCCGGCGGCCUCGUCGGCCUCAUUCCCGCCGGCGCCGGGCCUCUACUCCUCGCCGUCCAAGGCGGCGGCGUCCAGCGGCGCGCCGGCCGGCUUCCCGCCGGCGCCCAGCGUCAGCGGCGCCUCGUUCGCGCAGCUGUCGGCCGGCUACAGCGGCCAGGUGACGGCGCCCGGCUUCAGCCCGCCGGCGGCCUCCACGGCGGCCCCCUCGGCCUUCAGCCAGGCGGCCGCCUCCAGCGCCUUCCCCAGCAGCAGCUUCGCCAGCAGCAGCUACAGCGGCGCCGGCGCCUUCAACGGCGGCGCGUACUCGGUGCCCGGCUCGGCGGCGCUCACCGGGAACUCGCUCCAGGAGAAACUGACCAACGCGCUGGCGGGCGCGGCCAAAGCCAGUCAGUACGACCCGUCCAGCCCGGCCAGCUCGCUGUCGGACGGCGUGUCCACGGCCGCCUCGUCUCUGCCGGCCGGGUUGAGCAGCAGUGCCACCAGCGCGGGCCCCAGCUCAGCGCAGAACGCCUCCGGGCGGACACACGCCGCGUCCACGCGGUCGGGCAGCGUGCCUAGCGUGCCGCCGGGCGUGCCGAUGCAGUACUUUGUCGGCCAGACGGGUAUGCCCACCUUCUACCCGGGUGUGCAGCAGAUCUACGGCUACGAGGAGAUGCAGGCGCUCCAGCAGCGGCUCCCGCACCUGCAGCAGCAGCAGCAGGCGGCGGCGGCGGCUGCGGCGCAGCAGGCGGGCGGCAGCCAGGGCCGCGGCGACGCGGCCGCCGCGCUGGUCGCCGCCAUGGCCGACACCAAGUACAGCCGCCAGGAGGCCGCCUCGCCCGUCCAGUCGUCCCUGAACCCGCAGGUGAAGGGCCAGCAGCAGCAGCAGCAGCCGUUCUUCAACGCGGCGGCGGCGGCGGGCAUCCCGCCCAACUACACCUACUUCCCGUUCGUGCCGCAGUACAGCAUCUACACGCCGAUGCCGCCGGCGACGAACGCGGCGCACCAGGCCUCCAGCGGCGGCAGCCAGUACCCCAAGAUGGCCUACAACGCCGCCUCGUUCGCCGGCAGCGCCUACGACACGCUGGCGUCGGCGGCCGGCGCCGACUACAAGGCGGCCCAGUUCGGCAGCUCGGCCGCCCACAAGCUGGCCGGCUCGGGCUCGGCCGGCGCCGCCGACCUCUACGGCAAGAUGCAGCAGCUCGGCGGCAAGUUCGACAACAAGGGCUUCCACGCGGCCACGCCGCCGCCGUUCAGCCUGGCUGCUGGCCAGCCGCAGACGACGCCGCUGGCGGCGCCGGGCGGCUACGCGCCGCACAUGUUCAUCCAGCCGCUGCCGGCGCAGCACCAGCUGGUGCACCCGGCGCACGCCGAGUCGGCCCCGCAGCGCGCCGCCGCCGCCAACAAGCCGGCCGCCAAGAAUAGCUACGGCGGCGGCUACUGGCCGGCCAACUGAGCGCGCCGCCCUCCUCCGUACCUACCGGCGGCGCGUGUCGCCACUUUCCGCUCCCGUGUGCAGCGUGUGCGUGCGAGACUCGAAACGGCAAAACGGACCCGCUCUUCUGUGUUCGAUGUUAAAUAUGUGGUAGUGUGUGCCGCUGCCCGUCUGUACAUAGGCGCUUCACAGUGAGGCACAAAUUGUUUGGAAGAUAAUCAUGUGUUUUGGUACAAAGGCGCGUGGUGGCCGGGCGGCGGUGCCACCGGCCCGGCGGCGCCCGUACCGCGGCGGUUUUAACCUCAGUAAGUCCGCUCGGCCGCCGGCCACGUACCUUUAGACUUGUGAUACGGCCGGCCGGUGGCCCGCGGUGCCGGCCAGGGCAUUGGAGGAACCACGAGUCUGUGUGUGAGCGCGCGCGAGAGAGAGGACACAGGACGGGAGAGCCGGUGUACAUACUGUGUUGCUCGCGCUGACUCUGCGCCGUUUUGGAAAUUAGGUGUCGCGAUAACUUACUACUUUCAUGUUUUGUAAUGCCUUCCUUGAGGUACUUCGCCGUCAAUACAAAACCCAAGAAGUGA